AUGACCACACAGGAGUGUUACGAUAGGUGUUUACAAGAUUGGAGCCAGUAUUCUGUGUUGGCCGAUGUGCUCUGUGAGUUGGUCAGUCCUUAUCACUUAUCUUCCCAACUUCCACAUGGUUGGUCAAACACGAUCUUGCACCAUGACUUGGCCACCCUGGUCGUGCAUUACUUCUUCUUUAUUGUCAUUGGCUUGCCAACACCUGUUCCGGCCACCUACACUCGGGCAAUGGAUCCCGAACGUUCGGGAUUUUGA